CCACCUCUUAGGGUUCUCUUCCUCCCUCCUCCGAGACCAAACCAAAGCUGCGGCGGCGCGGGCAUAGGAGGCGAAGCAGCAGCGGAGCCAAGCAACCGACGCCACCAUGGGUAUCUCGCGUGACUCCAUGCACAAGCGCCGGGCCACCGGUGGGAAGCAGAAGGCAUGGAGGAAGAAGCGAAAGUAUGAGCUUGGCCGCCAGCCUGCCAACACUAAGCUUUCGAGCAACAAGACAGUGAGGAGGGUCCGUGUUCGUGGAGGUAAUGUGAAAUGGAGGGCUCUCCGUCUGGACACUGGUAACUUCUCAUGGGGUAGUGAGGCCACAACCCGCAAGACCCGUCUCCUGGAUGUGGUUUACAAUUCGUCAAACAAUGAGCUUGUGAGGACUCAGACCCUUGUGAAGAAUGCCAUUGUGCAAGUUGAUGCUGCCCCUUUCAAGCAGUGGUACCUGACUCAUUAUGGAGUGGAAAUCGGUAGGAAGAAGAAAGCUGCUGCCGCUGCCAAAAAGGAUGCUGCUGAGGGGCAAGAGGCUGAGGUUGCUGCUGCUGCCACAGAGGAAGCAAAGAAGAGCAACAAAGUCCAGAGGAAGCUUGAGAAGCGUCAGCAGGGGCGCACUCUGGACUCACACAUUGAGGAGCAGUUCAGCGGUGGAAGGUUGCUGGCUUGCAUUUCGUCUCGCCCUGGGCAGUGUGGGAGAGCUGAUGGGUACAUCCUUGAGGGCAAGGAGCUGGAGUUCUACAUGAGGAAGCUCCAGAAGAAGAAGGGCAAGGGUGCCACAGCAUAGGCGCUGAAGAGCUGCAUGUUACUCGUUGGGUUUUCUUAGUUGUUGCGUCAAUGUCUGUUUACAGACAUACUGAACACCAUUUUCUGUAAACGGUUCCGGUCUAGGUUGAACUGAGAAUGUUUUGCCUGCUUUGGUUGUGACCUAAAGCUAUCGAGAUUCUAUUAUGUGUUCCGUCCUAAAGUAUUUUCAUCUGUUCAGUGAA